GGCCGGAGCCAGCUCGUCGAGAACUGGAGCGAUGGAUUUGUUUGGUAGCGACUUCGUCCUCGAGCAGGAAAAAUUAUUGCCGGACCUGGGCGUGGACCUCGAAGUUGCGAAUAGUGGGCGCGGUGACGAGGGUGUCGUCGGAGAGGCAGCCAGGCCUUCACCCAUGCAGCAGCAGGUCGUGGAGCCUUGUGAUGUCAACUUGUCUGUCGACGUCGCACAAGAACAGGGAAGCAAGGACGAGAAAUACACGACACUAGGACCAUCCACUUGGUACGAACAGGAUGAUAUUAACACCGAGGAGUUAGUUGAGAACAACCGGAAGAACCACGAGACGCUCGUAAAACAGGGCGCCGUGCCGCCGCGCUCCGAUGGCGCGAUGACAGCGAACAACCAGGUCGACACGAGCGUGGACGAGGAGCACGCGUCGCGCACGACGGCCAGCGACACCGGGGCCGGCUUGCCCGAAGACGUAUCCCUGGAGGAGGGCGGCAACAGCACCAGGAAAAACAACCAAAGUGGCUCCUGUACGACAACGAGCCGGUCUAUCCCCUGAAAAUUAACCACUCCCAUCCACUUUUUGGUAUGACAAACACAGAAUCAAUUUGAUACAUCCUCAUCCAUGUUUUGCAUGACAGACUGGAUGUGGGUGGGUGUUUUUUCCUGGAUAAGGUCCAGCAGCGCCGCGACGGUGUCGACGACGAGGCGCUCGCCGGCGUGGCUGUCGGAAUUCCACCAGCAAACGGCCAUGGACGACGAGGAAGAAGAGGAAGUUGUUGUGGACGCCAGCAACAUUCACAUGCUCGCCGGUGGCACGGUUUCUUCUAAAGCUUCAGCCAGGGUAGUUGGUGGUCUGCACAAGACGGCUUCCUGUUCCCUACUGACUGCAGGGAGUUCAUCAUCCUCAGCGCGCAGCAGUAGCGGAACUACGCUCAUGAAUAAGGCAGGUGCUGCGUCGGCGAUGAGCUCUAGUACCUCUCUUGCGCAGAAGUUUUUCUCGACGAGAAGCUACGGCAGUGACGGUGCUCUAGCCUGCCCAGAGGACGACGACCGGCCGGUUGGAGCAGCUGCCGCGUUUGCGGCGACUAGUACAACCUUUGCUAGUUCCACUACUGCCGGAGAACAGCAGCACGUGACUACACAGGGGACACAGACCGCAGAAUUGUAUCCAGCACAACCGGUCGUGGUCGCAGCCCCCGCCCCGCCGCCCCCACCGGUGCUGGACGUGGUGUCACGGCUCUUGGAGAACGACAAGAGCUUGUUUGACCUGAUGACUGUCGCCAUGAAAGACCUGAGCGCGAAGGACGGGCUGGAGUGGGGCUCGUAUGACGUCGAUCCGUUAGACGAACUGGUAAUACUAGAUGAGGGGGACGACGACGAGAGAGGAACAAAAACAAUGCAGAGCCCGGGAAUCUUCAAUUUGACAGUUAGGAGCGAAAGGCCAGCGGCUCCGCCUCGUCCAAGCGAUGCAGAUGCAGAGCGACGGGAAAGAACCCCACCGAUUGUCGUAGCGGAGGAUGCUGGUGCGCCGGCAAGCACCGACGUCGAGCCUCUCGACAGCACUGGAGGCCAUCCAAAAGAAUCUUCGUCUGCAGACGACAACGGCACGGAAUCUGGAGGCUUCAACGAGGACGGCUCGAUGCUGAGAAACGCUAACGGAUGCCGCGACUUGGAGUGCAAAGGCGAUGAGGUAGUUCCGGUGCAAGAUAAAAUCGUUCCAAAUUCUUGUAACGACCAACAGGCGGUGGAAAAGGUUUCGGAUACCGUGAAACAAACGGUUUUGCGUCUGCGGACACUCAUGCCCGAGGAGGAGGAGGAAUCGGAGGCGUCGUUUUGGUAUUGGAAGGGGAUCGACGACUUGCGCCGCGCGUUUUGUGACCUGAUUGACCAGCGAAAGGCCGCACUGGUGAAGAGUCGCACCAAUCGACAAGCGGAGUCGGUGGAAAUUGGCAAACAUAGUACAGCUCCUGCUGCCAUGGAGACGAAUGUCAAUUCUGCCGCUGCUGGUAUGAUUCUGUGGCAUUUUAUAUUUCGACGUUUUGUUCGCUUCUCUCACUGUAGUUCUAGAUUCAACAUGAAAGUUUUAUCGUUCGAAGAGGUUGGAUGCUCAUGCUCUUUACAACUUUCGGUUUCGCGCUGGAACGUUGUAAGUACUUACAAACAUUCUUUCUAGGUGUCGUCCCGCAGCUUCGCACUGCUGGGACCGAUAGCGGCACGUCGAGCAGCAAACCAGUACACCAGACGCAAGGAGCGGCCGUGGUCGAUUCAGGACCUGCAGACGCGCGUCAAGGCAAUCGCUCGCACGGGUCGAUGAGUGCGGCUUCUUCAACAUCCGCGCAGUGGGGAAAUUCGUCCGCCGUCUCGCGUGCAGGAGAUGUCAAUAGCGGUUCUUACUGGGCGUGCCCACGUGGCAUCGGAGGGUAUGGUUCGUAUUGGGGAGGCCCAGCGGGCCCGUGGGGUGCUGCGCCGGGAGCCGGGUGGGGCGGGGACCCGUCUUGUUGGGAUCAUCUGCACGGGGCGCACUACUGGAACAACGCUCGUCCUCGUAACACUCCGGGCGGCAAUCCUGCUGCCGAGCAGGGUGGUUCUCACAGUAACAGGCCGAUAGGGGCGGAUAAUGUUUCGCAGCAAGGUGCCGCAGCGCCGUCCUCGGCAACUUUGCAGCCGGACCAGCAGCGCUCGCAGGCAGACUACGCCGAGCAGAAUGGAGCAGAGGGACAAGCGCAGCUCUCUUCCGCCGAGCAGCGAGAAGAUGUUGGCAGACCCCAUCUACUUGCUGAAAACGAAGAAUACAAGAUCGCCCUCGAAGUCAAUGCAGAGGGCGGGGGCACGAGUGCGGGAGUUGCAAAUCAGGGCGCGAACAAACCUCCUUUGCGCAAAACGGGAGCGUCCGACUUUGAAAGCCUGGCGCAUGAACACGCGCAGCCGGGUCGUGCGGGCAUAACUCCAGAUGAAGAGGGCUGCGAAGCAGAUGCUCAUGAUUGCGAGCUGGUAUCAGCCACCGGUGGAGCCACCUCACGUAACGAUCCGUUGAGCAGCAACAAAAUGAGCAUGAGUUUGAACUCGAGUCCAGGCCUGAGCCACAUAUCGCACCUGACAUCGAGCCCGGACAGGUUCGACCCACGGCACGGCGGAGACAACUCGUCUUUAGACAUCAGUUCGGCCCUGGAGUCCAGCAGUACGGACCAGAACAAGCUCGGCAUCAAAAAAGUGCACUUCGCGAUCGAAGAUGAGGAGCUGCAUGUGGGUGUCGGCGUACCUUCUUCACAAAAGCAGGUCGAGAGAGAAAGUUGUGACAACGGGCAUCCAGUAGAACAGGCCGCCUCCCAUUUGUGCGGCACGGCGUUUGGGGAGACGCAUCACGUUCGGCAUGAUGGGGACCAUGAUCAGGGGCCGGGUUCUACUACCAGAAGCUCGGCGCCCGCCCAGGGCCAGGACCGCAACCCAGCUGAAGUCACGGAGCCGCCUGCAGCAAAAGAGAACUCUGGAUCCGCAAUUUCGUCUUUGUCGCAAAUCGGGUCGGAAGGACUGUGUGUGUCCUCUGACACAUUUCUGUCUCUCUCAGACUCGAGUCGUGGUGCUUCGUCCAGGACGCAAAUCGACUUGGGGACGAGCAGGUCUUGCGCCGACGCAGAUUUUUCCGGAGGUCCUCUAGGGAACACAGGAGAGUCCACCACCCUGAAUGCGUGUGGCGUUCCACCUAUAAAAAAAGGCAUCCUGAAGCCCCCCUCGCCGUGCUCGGACGAAGCGCGCGCCAGCAAUGCGGGCGACGAUGCGGAGCAGAUUUCAGCAGAAUCUUCAGCGGGAAGCGCCGCAGAGAACAGUGCACCAGCAGCAGAGCAACAGCGGCAGUCGUCGAUUGAGGCUCCUGUGGGGGAGUUGGGAAACAGUGCACCGACGGAGCAGGCAGCGCAGCAGCAAGAAACCUCUACUACUGCCGCAAGCCAAAGCCAGUACGGGCAGCGCAACGGCGGCAAGGGAAACAGUUACGGUUACGGUCCCGGCGGGUCCUGGUAUGGAUAUAACGGCCAAAGCGGCGGAAAAAUGGGCUCGUACGGAGGUGGGGGUGGCGGCUACUAUCACCAUGCAGGGAGCGGUCCGCACUACCCGCAUCACUAUGAUCACUACCACGGAGGCCCGGGUUGGUUCUACGGUGGGAUGCAAGCUGGGUAUCACCAUCCGCAGCACUUUCCCCACGGUGGGAAGAUGGGGUAUGGAGCGCCUUACCACGGCUAUGGCUACCAGCAGCAACAUCGGUCCUACAAGGGAUAUGGAGCUGGUGUCCCACCGGGGGGUAACGGGGGCGCGGGCCGGGGUCAAUACGACCAGCACGGAGGGAUGGGGUCGUACGGGAAGCCCGAACAUCAUGCAGCGCAGGAGCAGGCCGAGGGGGAGGGCGCACGCGAAGGAGGUCCGAUUUCUGCGGUCGUGCAUGAUGAGAGUGACGCUGCUCCUGACGGAGGAGCCAACGUUUGCGUUAGUGGGGAUCAACAGGAUGCGUCACGACAUGCGGCUUCAGCAACACAGGCAAAGCUCAAUCUGGCUACUGUCCCAGAACAGGAAAAAAACGAGAAUAUAGCUACAAAGGAGCAGACCGCAUAGCAAUUCUGGGGAGAGUGAUGCGUAUUUCAGAACGAAAUUGGAACUUCUCACAUUUGACCGAACUGCUUCUUUUUGGAAUUGGAAGUGCAGGUCUACAUCAUUCUGAGAAU